CCAUUUUUUUUUUCCUUCUUUCUUUCCUUCUUCCUUAGCAUCUCCCUUCUCAUUCGGCUCUCCUUUACAUUCGUUUCUUAUAUGCUUCUUCUGUCCAUCUUGGACAAAGCAUUUCUCCGCUCUACUUCCUUAAUAUUUUCGUGUUCACUAUUCCUUUUGUACUUUAUUUUUAUUUUUGCUCACUCAUCUUGUACAUAUACCAAUACCAGACACAUAUUCUAUUCACAUCUACUCUUUCACUCGCACACAUAUCCACAUUUUACAUAAUGCCUCUUGCGCGCUGGGCCUUUAAUAUACGUCAACCGCUGUUGCUGGAAAACAUCGAACCCCUUGUCACCUCACUCACAGAUGAUGACAACCACGGACGGAUAAUUGUCCCAGUCUCAAAUUUACUCAACUACCUCCCAAAAGUAGAAAGUGAUACGAUACGUCAACUUCAUUUAGAAGACGACAUGAGACGAGCCUUAGUUGCACGUCUAAUGAUCCAUGCCUUUUUUACUGCUCAUCAUCACUGUCAAUGGGAGGAUUUAGUCUUUGACGACUCUGAAAGUACAAGACCAGUAGUGCUAUCACCGGAGUACCUAAAGAAUGUCAGCUUCAACAUCUCAUAUCAUGGAGACUGGGUUAUCCUUGUUGGUGAAACAGAAUCAACCUCUGGUAGUCCGGUCCUCUUGGGAGUUGAUGUCAUGGACUUCCAGGAACAAGUUCCAGGAGAAUCAUUCGAGUCUUUUUCGUCUUGUUUUCAGGACCAGUUUACUGAGAAGGAGAUCACUUUCAUGGCCGAAGCCUCUGCCGAGGGUACGCAACCCUGUACCGAGACUCAAUUAAAGCGAUUCUAUCGCUUGUGGUGUCUUAAGGAGUCUACAAUAAAAGCACUCGAUGUUCGGCCGGAUUUUGACCUUAAGACAAUCGAAUUCGUUAUUCAUGACGAAGAGGAAACUGAGAAGCCUAUCUUAUCAACAGUGAUAGAAGUACAUGAACCAAAGCCAGAACAGCUCCCGGAAGAAGGUUGGGCCUUUGAGGAGGCACUAUUGGAUGCGGAUCAUUGCUAUGCAAUUGCAGCACAAUCUCUGAUGGAGAAGGCAAUCCUGGAUGGAUCCGAGAUCCGCCGGUUCGAUUGGAAGGAGCUUCUCAAGGACGCAGUCCCAUACCCUGCAUAACUCAUAGUUCAUUAACUGUAUCAUACCAGUUCUUUUUCCUUUCUUUUUUUUCCUUUCUUACUGGCCCUUGUACUCGUACAUUUUUUUACAUUCAUAAUCUCAUUCAUUUGUUCAUGAUUUUGACAUGGGUUAUGCCAUUUGGGGGGCUGUAAAAUGGAUUCAUGUCAGGGCUGUCGAGUCGCCAACGCUUUCAGACAAAGAGAAAUCAAG